GUUAAACAGCAGUUCAAUUUUGACAUAAACAUUAUGCUGCAAAGCAAAUUUAAUUGUAAAAUAUAAAAACAAUGGCAGGUUUUAGUGGAGCCUUAAAAUUAACUGAUUUGGAUGAUUUUAUUUCACCUUCACAGGAAUGUAUUAAACCGGUAGAAAUAAAAAAAGGAACAAAAACUGGUGCGAAAAUAAGUAUUCAUAAUGAUGGACUUGAUGAAACAGCUGUUGGCCCUCAAAAAUUACAAAAAGUUGAAAUUACAUUACAAGAUUGUUUAGCUUGCUCUGGUUGUAUUACAUCGGCCGAGUCCGUUCUAAUAACACAACAAAGCCAAGAAGAACUUUUACGAGUGCUUCGGUCUAAUCAGAAUUAUAAACUACAGGGAAACGUCGAUUUAAUUAAAACUAUUGUUUUUACUGUAUCCCAACAAUCAAUUUUAAGUUUAGCUCAAAGAUAUGAACUCACAGUUGAAAACUGCGCUCAGCAGUUAUGCUCGUACUUAAAAUCAUUAGGCGCAGAUCUAGUUUUAAACACGAAAAUUGCUGAUGAUCUGGCUUUACUAGAAUGUCGUAAUGAAUUUGUUGAAAGAUUUAGAAACCAAACAAAUGAUAAAAAGAAAAGCUUUUUCCCAAUGCUUUCAUCAUCUUGUCCGGGAUGGGUGUGCUAUGCAGAAAAAACACAUGGAAACUUUAUUUUACCUUAUAUUGCAACCACAAGAUCACCGCAACAAAUUAUGGGGGUUUUAGUUAAGCAAUACCUUGCUGAAAAAAUGAAUAUUACUGGUGACCGCAUAUAUCAUGUUACAGUAAUGCCAUGUUAUGAUAAGAAAUUAGAAGCCUCCAGAGAAGAUUUCUUUGACGAAGUAACCAAUUCUAGGGAUGUUGACUGUGUUAUAACGUCAAUUGAAAUUGAAAAAAUGUUAGAAGAUGAAUCAAAAGAAUUAAAAUCAUAUUCUUUAGUUAAAAUGGAUUGGCCUUGGAGUAGUAACGAGCCUGAAAUACAAAUUUGGGCUCAUGAAUCUUCCGGAUCUGGAGGAUAUGCUGAUCAUAUUUUCUGCUAUGCUGCAAAAGAGCUUUUCAAUAAAAACCAAAAUGAAUUGAAUUAUAAAAACUUAAGAAAUCCAGAUUUCCGGGAAAUUAUUUUAGAAAAUGAUGGUCAAGUUCUUUUACGUUUUGCAAUUGCUAACGGCUUCAGAAACAUUCAAAAUCUGGUGCAAAAAUUAAAGCGUGGAAAAAUUCAAUAUGAUUUCGUGGAAGUUAUGGCAUGUCCAUCAGGUUGUCUAAAUGGCGGUGCCCAAAUUCGACCACAAAAUGGUCUUCAAAUUAGGGAAUUGACAUCCCAGUUAGAAAAUUUAUAUAGAAGCCUACCUAAAUCUAAUCCAGAAAACGAGGAUACUAAAUUAACAUACAAUUCAUUUUUUGAAGGAUUUGAAAGUGAUAAAUCAAAAGCUUUACUUCAUACAAAAUACCAUGCUGUUGAGAAAAACACUAUAGCUUUAAACAUAAAAUGGUAGGGUAAAGUUAUAAAAAAAACUGUUGUUAAAAUAUUAAAAAAACAUGGUAAUUUUCAGAAGUAUUUAUAAUUUUUUAAAAAGUUGUUGCUUGUACUGAUAUUUUCGUUAAUAAACUAUUCAAUACAAAAUUUCUCAUA